AUGUUUCGACGCACCACAACAGCGCGCCUGGUGCUUUCGCGACACCGGCACCCCCCGCACCCGCGUGUCUCCUGCCUCAACACCAACAACUACUCGUCAUCCUCUCAGCCCCCAAGAGACUCGCCUGGAACCAUUGCUGUGACGUUUGGAGCCUUGAUCGCCGGAGCCUGCGGUUUCUAUUCCAUCAGUCAGUCCGGCGCAUCGCACAGCGUGCCGUCCCUCGUCGAGCCUGCAGAUGAGGGCCACAUUCCCGUCAGGUCCCCUGUCAAGGUGUACAGUCUCAAAGCGGCAGACGCCAAAAUUCGACAACAGGCAACCAGCUUCACCUUUGACGGGCACAAUGGCCACGGAAGAAUCGACGUCGUUCGUGUAGCCAGCAAUAACCCCGUCGAGGAUGAAUGGGCCGUGGCUGUCGGAAAGGGGGUUGGAGGCAACAAAACAUUGUAUGCUGGUGUAUAUGACGGUCACGCUGGUUGGGCGACGUCAGCAGUCCUUCGUCAAGCGCUGAUUCCCUAUGUUUCCCACGCCGUCAGCCGCAUUGCAGCAUCGACAAGCCCCGAGCUCAUUGACUCAGCUAUCAAGUCGGCCUUUAGUAACCUCGAUGCCCGCAUCAUGAACGAGGCCAAGUAUGCCGCUCAAGGAGCCGCGGCCGCGGAGCCGGGUUCUGCCGCUGUCCUCGCCGCCAUUGCUCCUGCCGUGUCGGGAUCCUGUGCUCUGCUGUCCAUGUACGAACCGGCCUCUUCAAUGCUCAGAACUGCUGUGACUGGCGACUCUCGAGCCGUGCUCGGAUCUUGGUCUGAUGAGGCUGGCGGGUACAGCGCUGUAGCUCUCAGCAAGGAUCAAACCGGCUUUAACCAGGACGAGGUGAGGCGUCUCGACAAGGCUCACCCCGGUGAGAUUGGGGACAUGAUUGAUCCCAAAACCGGGCGUUUGUUGGGCAUUGCCAUAACUCGAGGAUUUGGGGAUCACCGGUGGAAGCUAUCCAAAGACGCCGUCACGUCACUCCAGGGGAACUUCUACGGCUUCGCCGGUCGCCCCGGGUAUAAGUCGCCGCCUUAUAUGACUGCCGAACCUGAAGUUACCACUCGCAAGGUAGCCACAAAGGAUUUUGUCAUUCUGGCCUCGGAUGGAUUGUGGGAUGUAAUUUCCAACGACGAUGCUGUAGAAUGCGUUUCAAGGUGGUUAGCUGCCAAAAAAGCUGGCAAGCCCGAGACCGUUAUCGACGCCAAGACGGCUCUGACGGUUGGAGAGGACGGAUGGCCAUCUUACAAAGCAACUCCCGAGUUCUUUGCAAUUGAGGAUCUUGACAAUGCGGCCGUCUGCCUAGUGAAGAAUGCAUUGGGCGGCAACCGCCGCACUCUGUUUUGUGGUUCCAUGACCGCUUACAGCCCCGUCAGCCGAUACAUCCGAGAUGAUGUAACGGUUCAAGUCGUCUUUUUCCAGGACCCCUAUGGGAGUACCACGAAAUAA